AUGAGAUGAGCACGUUGAGAAUGGAGAGGCCAGGUAGACGCGGUAAGACGGGCUCGCUGAGUGGUCUGUCGGGCGGCGUGCCGACGGCGAACGGCGUGCGGCGGCAGCGCUCGCUGGAGUGGGGGGGCGACCGAUACAGCAGCAGUGACGAUGACCGCCCGCCGCAGCCGCCGCCGCUCGCUGACAGGGUGUUCGCCUCGCUCCUCGCUCAGGCCACGCAGCAGUUUGAUAAUGAACAGAGACGCAUCUAUGGGUCGGAGUGCGGCGAAGACCCUCCGCGCUACGUCAGCAGCCCUCAGCGACAAGCGUCGCCUUUCCCGCUGGAGAGUACCAAUCGACGCUACUACAGAAGGAAUAGGAACUCUAAAGGUGAAGAAAUAUUCAGCGGGGAGACAGGCGGUACUCUCUCACGCCGUCGUCGCGAUGAUUUUGCGCACGAUAACAACGUUAGAAAUGCCAGACUUUGUCUCAACAACGGUAAUCCAACAUCUGUGAGUGGGCAGACGAGCGAACGUGAAUGUGAGUCGCCACCAGAGCCGGCCCCACCAGAGGUGCCGCCUCGUGGACCUUCGCUCCACGUCACCCUGCGACACCGCCCCUGCGAACAGAACAACGAUGCUGAUCGACUCUACUUGUCUGAAGAUGUCUGA